AUGGUUAGAUUUCAUAUUGAGAAGUGCAAUUCAUUUGGACGAGUCGGAAGACUGAAAUUGUGGGGCGAUGUUGAAAUCGAUCAUGCGACUCCAUCAUGUAUGAUUUAUACCCGAGCUGGUCAUAUUCCGCAUUUGUCAUGGGAUGUCGUUAAUAAAUGGAUAAAAUUUAUGCAACGUCCAAUUUUUCAGAUAACUUUACCAACUUUGUUAGUUUUUUUUUAUUUACAAAUAAGAUUUAUAGAUUGUGCGGGUGAUAUCUGCAAAAUUUGGAUCAUAAUUAGAGAAAGAAGGACAUUUGCUUCUGGCACUCAUUUAGAAAUCUGUGCAUUACUCAUGCAGUACAAUACAAUACAAUAUGAAGGUGCUGCUACUCAUUUGUCACUUUUCGACCCUUUAGAUGUCAGAGAAAAUGGAUUCAAUAAUUCGAAAUCGAUAUCUAUAUGGACAAAAGGUGGAAGAAUCGCGUUAAAUGUGAAAGCAUUAAUGGAUGUUGUCGCCUGUAGUAAAAUUUCUACAUACGAAACACUUUUUGACUACGAUACGCCUAGAUCAUCUCUAAAUAAACGUUUAUCGAAGUCUCUGGAGCGGACAAAUGAUUUCUGCAAGGCAAUAUUCAAUGAUCUCGAUUCUUCGAAGGGAGUCGCAGUUUUGUCGCUGGGUGGAGGAUUUAGCACGUAUCAUAGAGGAAGAUUUGCCCAAGAAAUUGGAUCAUUACCGCAUGGUCACGCUGUUCAUAUUGAUCUAUAUGAAUUUGCUUGUCAUCCCGUCGGAAAAAAAAAAUUGUUGAAUCGGAAAAGAAGAGCGAAUGAGGAAAAUGAUAAGGCAACAGAAAUAUUUAAUAAGGAACAGAAAUUUAACAACAGUGAAAAAAUUACAGAAUCUAAUCAUUUUAGCGAGAAUGAAGUGCAAGAAAUACUUUCACAUACUCUGCAAGAAACCAAUCCAGAACUUUUAAGGAUUGUAACAGGUGCCUUUUCACCUUUACAAGUCGCCUGUCUUGUGAAAUGUGGCAUUGACCUUUUCGAUUCAUCAUUUGCUGUUUAUCUUGCUGAAAGUGGCAAAUCAUUUCGAUUAAGUAAAGAUUUCCCCGACGAUCCAAUGUUUUCCACUAUCGACUUUAAUGAAAAGUGGUAUUGA